CCAAGCAAUACCUGCAUCCACAGCAAACAGCAUUGAGGGUCACGGCGCGCCCUGUUGUAGACAUGGCGCCGCUUUGCACAAUAUUUUGAUUUAUAAGCUCUGUUUCUGCCUUCUACACAAUCACAAUCCGUAAAUACAGCAUCAUCACAGACACCAUGACUUCAAAAUCAGAUGCUUCCAACCUUCCCGAAGGCAUUCGCAAUCAAUUUCCCAAUGGCGAUCUUCCCACGUCAAUUCUAGAGCUUACGCGAAACUCGGUCUCUGAGCCCAUCUUCAACCACUCUCUACGUGUCUAUCUCUUUGCAAAAUGGCUGUCUGAAAAGGAAGACCAAGGCUUGGAUGAUCAUGCGCUAUCACUGCUCUUUGCAGCUUGUGUUUUCCAUGAUUUGGGCACCUGCGACGCCUUCAAUGGCCCGCAGCGGUUCGAGGUUGAAGGCGCCGAUGUAGCCAAAUCACAUUUACUUGCCCGCCAAAUCGCAGAAUCAGAUGCGCACAAAGUUUGGACAGCGAUUGCGCUACACACAAGUCCAGGGAUCGCUGAGCGCAUCGACCCUUUUACUAGGCUAGUCAGGCUCGCAGUGCUGAUUGACUUUUCGCCUGCCACCAGAUCAAGCCUCGGCGCUGUAGAGUACGGGAGAGAAGUUGAGGCUCUACUCCCGCGACUGGAUAUUGAAGAGAAUCUUGCCAAAUCUGUUGUAUGCCAGGCCAAGGGUGAACAAGUAGUUCCAGAUAAGACAACAUAUCCCUCUACACAAAAGCACCCGGCUGGAAGUUGGCCUGGGAUGCUGCUAAGAGCACAUUUGGAGAACCCGGGACAUCAGGGAAGAAAUCCAGCAUUUUAGCUUCUUUAAAUUUAUACUUAUAAAAUCAGUAAUAUUACUUUCAUAUAUGGGUUGCUUUUACUUUCAGUUCGCCUACACUUUAUUAGUAGCGUUAGCGCAGAAAUUCUAAACAUUCAGUAUUUGCAACUUUAACUGCGAAAAGGAAUUUACAUCUAUUUAACCAGGAAUCUUCCUGUGAGUCUACCUUCCGAGCUUCUCAUCAUUUGUGGAAAUGGCUGAAAAUAUGCUGCCCUCUACAACAAAACAAACGAAACAACGUUCGAAAUACAAGAAAAUUAGCGAGGAUACUCCCGUCGACAAACUGCCGUUGCUAGGCAAAGCCAAAUUUCUCCUUGACCUUACCCAUGAUACUUGUAAGGAAUGCCGCACCGUCGCGAAAACAACACAUGCAGCUCGUUUAUUCGCGCUUCUUGCUCCAAUUUAUUGCGAUGGUUGCGAAACCGGGCAUCCUGCAGUGUGGUUUUCUCCCGAAGACCGAGAGAAGGUGGACGGCAGCCCUCGAAAAUGCAUCACAUGGCGCGGCAGACUCUCUGCUUGUAAACACUUGUCCAUUACUUGCGCAGAGAUUGAGCAGUUAAGAUGCCAACAAAAGUUCGCCAACGGCACGACAAUCCUAAAAUGUGUGGAUGAAGAAUGCGCAGUCGGUGCCUG